CCUCACAGACACCGGCCGUCUGCCCGCCGGGCGUCCCAGGCGCCAUGAAGCAGCUGUGUUUGUGCGCGGCCGCCUCCUUCGCGCUUCGGCUCAGCCCCACCGACCUCGGCUCCUGCCCACCCUGCGGCCCCUGCCCCAUCCCGAAGCCCGCAGCCAGAGGCAGGCGCCAGGGCCAGGACUGGACCAAAAGUGACCAGCGGCUGCUGCAGGCAGUGGAGAACAGCGACCCUGCCCAGGUGGCUGCGCUAAUUUCCCGCAAAGGCCUGGUGCCCACCAAGCUGGACCCCGAGGGCAAGUCUGCCUUCCACCUGGCAGCCAUGAGGGGAGCGGCCAGCUGCCUGGAGGUGAUGCUGACCCAGGGUGCUGAUGUGAUGAGCACCGACGGAGCAGGUUACAAUGCCCUCCACCUGGCUGCCAAGUACGGGCACCCGCAGUGUCUCAAGCAACUGCUGCAGGCCUCCAGUGUGGUGGACAUGGAGGACAGCAGUGGGUGGACGGCCCUUCAUCACGCAGCCGCUGGUGGCUGCCUUUCCUGCUCAGAGCUGCUCUGUUCAUUCAAGGCGCAUCUGAACCCCCGAGAUCGGUCGGGCGCAACCCCCCUCAUCCUAGCAGCUCAGAUGUGUCACACUGACCUGUGUCGCCUCCUCCUGCAACAGGGGGCUGCCCCAAAUGACCAGGACCUGCAUGGCAGGACAGCCCUGAUGCUGGCCUGUGAGGGGGCCAGCCCCGAAACGGUGGAGGUGCUGCUUCAGGGGGGAGCCCAGCCGGGCCUCACAGACGCCCUGGGCCAGGACGCAGCUCACUACAGCACCCUAGCGGGGGACAAACUCAUUCUGCACCUUCUCCAGGAGGCAGCCCAGCGCCCCCCGCCACCCAGUGAGGAUGACUCAGGCGAGGCGUCAUCUCAGAACUCAGUGUCCAGCCAAGAAAAGCGGGGGGCUGCCAAGAAGCGGAAGGCACCCCAGCCUCCUGCCAGCAUUCCUAUGCCGGAUGACCGCGAAGCCUAUGAGGAGAUCGUGCGCCUGCGGCAAGAGAGAGGCCGCCUCCUGCAGAAGAUCCGGGGCCUGGAGCAGCACAAGGAGCGCAGGAAACAGGAGCCCCUGGAGGCAGAAGCCAGCUCCCUGCACAGCCUGGAGAGACAGGUUCAGGAGCUGCAGCAGCUGCUGGCAGAGAAGCAGGAGGAGAAGGAGAGUCUGGGAAGAGAGGUGGAAAGUUUGCAGAGCAGGCUGUCCCUGCUGGAGAAUGAGCGAGAGAACACCAGCUAUGAUGUGUCUACCCUGCAGGACGAAGAGGGGGACCUGCCGGAUGCACCUGGGGCCGAGGCGCUGCUGAGCCCGUCGGCUCGGGACCUCCUGGCCUCGCUGCAAGAGCAGGUUGCUGAGCUCACCAGGCAGAACCAGGAGCUUGUGGAGAAGGUGCAGAUCCUGGAGGAUUUCGAGAAGGAGGAUCUGCAGGGGGAGACGAACAGCGCCCCCGAGGUGGUCCCACUGCUGCUCUACGACUCCCUCCGUGCCGAGCUCGACCAGCUCCGAAGGCAGCACGCCGAGGCCCUGUGGAGGCUGGAGCAGCAGGAGGCUCCGAAGAACCCUGGAAAGGAGGAGGCUGCCCAGCAGGAGGAUGGGGAUGGAGGAGCCAAGACCCCUCAAAACAGACCUUCCAGGGCAGGGCUAAAUGGCACUGCGACUCCAGAGAACAAAGUUAACGGAGCUGACACUGCAGAUGAGGAGACUAAAGGAGUUAAAACCACAGAAACCGCGACAUUGGAAACAGCAUCCACGAAUCCCGAGGCCACUGAAGCCAAACACGCAGACACAGAGGUCACAGGAACAGAAGGGGGCGGGGAUGGGGCCCUGGAAACAAAAGCCACAAAGGCUGAAAUCCUAGAGGGUAAGCCGACAGGAACAGAGAACACUGGCAGGAAGGCCACGGAAGCAGAGGCCACCAACCCCAAAGAAAAUCAUCUAGCAGCACAGGCCAAUGGGCUAGGCGAUGUGGAAGCUGAGGACCCGAGCACGCACACCACAAACAGGGAGGCCAUGGGACCAGAGGCCACGGGGUCAGAGGCCACGGGUGUGCGGGCCACUGCCCCAGUGGUCCCUGCGGGCCCUGUUCUGCACCCUGGUGCCGCCGAGGCAUCUGAGAAGCUGCAGGCUGAGCUGGAGAGCAGGAUCCGAGGCUUGGAAGAGGUGCUCCGGCAGCGAGAGCAGGAGGCAGCCGCCGAGCUGGAGGCAGCCCGGGGCAAAUGCGAGGCCGCAGAGGCGGAGGCCGGCCGGCUGCGGGAGCGGGUCCGCGAGGCCGAGGACAGUGGGAGCCGUGGGGGCAGCGGUGGUGACACGGGCCAGCUGCGGGCAGCCCUGGAGCAGGCCCGCGAGGACCUGCGUGGACGUGACUCCCGCCUGCGGGAGCUGGAGGCAGCCGUGGCCCAGCUAGACGAGGCCCAGGCCAGCCGGCUGCUGGCCGAGGAGGAGGCCAGGGGGCUGCGGGCAGAGCUGGCCCGCAGGGAGGAGAUGCGGCUGGAGCAGAGCCGCGAGCUGGAGGUGCUCCGGGAACAGCUGGCCGCGGCCAGGGCUGCGGGGGAGCAGCAGCGGGCCGUGGCUGCCGAGCUGGGUGAAGCCAAGGCCGAGGCUGAGGCCCGGGCCGCCGAGCUGGCCGCGGCCUUCGAGGAGGCCCGGCGCGCGCUGGCUGAGCUGCGGGAGGCGUCGGAGGCCCUGCGCCAGGCCUCGGUGCCGGCGGCCGAGCACCACCGGCUGCAGGAGGAGGCGCUGGAGCUGCGGGGCCGAGCAGCCAGCCUGGAGCAGGAGGUGGUGGCCACGGGCAAGGAGGCCGCCCGGCUGCGGACGGAGCUGGAGCGGGAGCGCACGGGUAGCGUGGCGCGCUCGGAGCACGAGCGCGCGGUGGGCGCCCUGCAGGCCGACGUGGCCCGGCUGCAGGGGCAGCUGGAGGACCUGGGGCGCCGGCACGAGAAGACGAGCGCCGAGGUCUUCCAGGUACAGCGAGAGGCGCUGUUCAUGAAGAGUGAGCGGCAUGCGGCCGAGGCCCAGCUGGCCACAGCCGAGCAGCAGCUGCGGGGGCUUCGCACCGAGGCUGAAAGGGCACGGCAGGCCCAGAGCCGAGCCCAGGAGGCCCUGGACAAGGCCAAGGAAAAGGACAAAAAGAUCACAGAAUUAUCCAAAGAAGUCUUCAACCUAAAGGAGGCGCUCAGAGAGCAGCCUGCAGCCCCGGCCAGCCCGGAGGUGGAGGCCCUGCGUGGUCAGGUCAGAGCUCUACAGCGGGAACUGCAGGAGGCUGCCAGGGAGCACGGUGCCGUGGUGGCUUUGUACAGAACACAUCUCCUGUAUGCCAUUCAGGGCCAGAUGGACGAGGAUGUGCAACGGAUUCUCAGCCAGAUCUUACAGAUGCAGAGGCUGCAGACCCAGGGCCGCUGAGGCAUGAUGCAGUCCCCCACUCCCUCAGAGCUGUGGCCCCUUCCAGGCCUGUGGGGACACAGGCUUGUCGGAGCCCCCACCCCCAUGGGCCAGCCAGCAUGGGGCCCUUCCUGUGUCCUGCCCGCUCUGGUUCCAUCACCCGGCUAGUCCCUGCCCAGGGGGCCCCUCCCACCACGUGGCAUCCCAACCACAUCCUGUC